CAGAGCGUCUCUCAGGUCGGUUAUUAAGCUGCAGUAAUACAGUAGCUGCUUUGUUGCUAGCUAACUUUUGUACUCCGAAAUCUCCAGAGACGUUUUAUUUGCGCUUCAGAUGCACAAGUAGCGGUCAAACCCAUGACCCAACAGGAGCAGAAUGAGUUCAGGGAGAGUUGGGAGGACGCACAGGCUUGGAUGCAGGCCGUCCAGGAAAGACUUAAGCUCAUCGACAACACCGCAGGACCCAGAGCGGCUCUGGAGGUUCGACUGAGAGAGACGGAGGAAAUCAGCGAAUCGGAGCAGGAGGGCCGGAUGAAAAUGGACGUGGUCCUGGUGGCCGCCGAGGCUCUUCUGAAGAACGGCGACGAGGCGCUGAAGAACCAGACACACUCCAAACUCAAAGAACUUAAGACCCUGUGGGACGAGACGUCCACCUACAUCAUCCACUGCCACAGCCGUAUCGAGUGGGUGUGGCUUCACUGGAGCGAGUACCUGAAGGCCCACGAGGAGUUCAACAUGUGGCUGGUGAAGGUGCAGCGGACGGUCGAGCCUCAGCUGGAGCUCCAACUGGGUCUGAGGGAGAAGCUGUGGCAGGUGGACCACCACGACGUGAUCUGCAGUGACGUGAAGGCCCAGGAGCCUCUGCUGGAACGGCUGCUGGACGAGGCCUCCGCCAUUUAUAUCCGCACCCAGGACCCCAGCGUGGACGAGAACGCUCAGAACGCGCUCCAAGAGGCCUACGACAACGUCCGCACCAGGGCAGAGGAGAGGCUGGCUCUGGUGCAGAAGGUCGCAGAAGAGCAUCGGCAGUACCAAAGCCGCAUUCACGAGUUUCAAAAGUGGUUGGUGUCCAAGACCGACGAAGUGAGUCGUUUCACCGAGAUCGAGGACGUUUCUGAGAAUCGGCUGCGAGCCCUGCAGGACCUGGAUGACAACAUCUCCCGUGAAGAAGAGACAUUACUGUACAUCGAAGCCCAGGCCAGGGCUGUGAAGACCAACACGUCACCCGCAGGAGCCGAGCUAAUCACGGAGGAGGUGGAAGAGCUGCGGCUGACAUGGCAGAGGCUGAGGCUGGCGCUGGUGGAGAUACACUCCGAGCUGAAGGGCUCUAUGGAUGCUCAGAGAGAGUACUACACCCGGCGAGAGGAGCUGGCAGAGGGCAUCAAGCAGCUCCGGGCCCUUGUGCACAAAAUGAGCCGUCAGCUGGAGAAUAAGGAUGGUGAGAGGACCGAGGAGAACAUGGUGGCUCAGUGGAAGAACUAUACAGACGCGAGGACUGUCCUUUCGGCUGAGGAGCAUCAGGUUGAGCAGCUCAAAGCCCAGCUGAAGGAGUUAUACAGGUUCCCACAUGACUCCCGAGUAAUUGCUGAUGAAGUAUUGACUGCGGUGAAAGAGUACCAGAGCGUGAAAGGUCGCACGUUCCGGCUCUGCUCAGAGAGCGAGGCAGCACUGAAGCAGCUGCUACAGGAUCCUCUGCAUGGCUUCAGUCAGUGGAGUCAGGCGGCGUCUCAGGUGCUCGACACCUCUGCAAAGGUCACCGACUUUUCCCACAUCGCUGUGCAUGUGCAGAACAUCGAGAAGCUGAUGAGAGACAGCGUGCAGCUGCAGGAAAGGCUCAGCUCGCUGCAGGUGAAAGCCGACCUGCUGAGCUCGGUGUUCGGCGAAGAGAAAGCCCAGAGCCUGCUGGAGGAGCUCGGUACAGACACGAGGAAGAGAGAACAGCUUCAGAGCCAACUGCUGCAGAGGAGAACUCGACUGCAGGAAUUAAUUUCGAAGACGAAGAGCUUCGGUGAAGCGUACGACUCUAUCCAACAGAAGCUCUCGUCUAUAAAGGAGAGAUUUCACACUGCAGACGGACUCCAGCCCGACAUCCUCGCCAAGAAGAGCCAGGCUGACCAAGUGAAGGUUAUUAAGAGAGAUCUGGAAGACUGCGAGGCUCACAUCACCGCUCUGGAGACGCUCGUCUCCUCCAGCUCCACCAACAGGACCAAGUUUGAGCGUCUCUACUCCGAUUGGAAGCUCCUCUACAAAUCCGUCCGUGUGAAGGUGACUGAGAGCGAGGAGAGUAUUUUGGAGCACGAGAGUUUCCACGAGAGUCUGCUGAACAUGGAGAAAUGGCUGAUGAUCAUGAGGCAGAAGCUGGAGUCGUUCCGAGGAGCGGACGGUGAGUGGAGCGUGGCGAACCGACAGCAUGAAGCAGAGAGGGCGCUGGGCGAGUUUCCAGAAAAGGAGCUGCAGCUGCACAGAACCGAAACGCAGGGUCAUGCCGUGCUGCUGAAAACCACCGAAGAUGGCAAAGUUCACAUUCAGCGUGACAUCCGGCGUCUGCGUGAUUCCUGGAUGUCUCUCCAUGCACUCAGUCUGAACCUGUACAGACUUUUGAAUGGACACAGUACCUCAGGAGAAGUGGAGUCUUCACCACACUCACACCAUGCAGACGAUUUCCUGGAGGGAUCCACGGUCGGAAUCGGAGCAGGAAGCAGGUCGGGGCUCGAAGACGACCAUCAGCUUCCCGAGGCUUCACCGAUGGCCAGAGGUUCAGGAGGAUUCGAGGCUUUUUCCAAACAUAGGGACUCCGUGAGCAAACACGACGACGCGUCUCAAACAGACGACGGGGAGUUCGGGCCUCGAGGUCCUGGUCAGACGCCAUCUGUGAACAUCCGAGGUGUCUGGAGAGGCGAAGCGAGAGGUCAGGAUACUGAAGCGGACUCGAUCGCCGCCGGACGAGGAUAUCAGCAGAAAGAUGAAGGACACGCCAGCGGCGCAAGACCGGAAAGGAGAUCCGGGAAUCGUGGGAGAACAAAGGAAUGGGUUAAAGAGCACUCGACCGGGGUGGAAGACGUUGCAACACUGAUCGAAGUCCACUAUGCAAGUGAUUCUCCUGAUGCAGCAAAAUUCUCAACUACAGAUGUUAGGGCAAAACAUCUGUCCGCCUUUACACACGUCGUAGACCCUCCGGCUCACGGCUCCACAGACGUCACUCAGGUGAGAGAGAACAGACCGGAUUGGAAAGGUCUCAGUGGAGAGUUCGAUGCCUGGCUGUGUAAAGAAAAUGAGAAACUGGCAGCGAUUAUGAGCAACCAAAGAGCACUGAGCACCAAAGAACUAAAGAUUAGACGGAACACACUGAAGGAGCUCCGCGCUGGCAUACCAUGGGGUCAAGCUCAGUUCCAGCAGCUACUGAGCUCCUGGCAGGCUGAAGCAGGAACAGAGGAUGUGGAACUGGAGGAGCUUCGCUACAGAUGGAUGCUUUAUAAAUCCAAACUAAAGGAAGCUGACGGUGUUAAAGCUCGGCUCCGACUCCAGGAGGAAGGAGUUCAGCAAGAGGAGCUAGUUCGGUCCAGAAAGGAGAGCUGCUGUGGGUUCCUGUAUCGUGUGUGUCGUGUGGCUCUCCCUCUGCAGCUGCUGCUCCUCGGUCUGCUGCUCUUCGCCUUUCUCCUGCCCCUGAUGGACGAGGGCACGAGCUGCUCGCUGUCCAACAACUUCGCCCGCUCUUUUAACAUCAUGCUGCGCUACCAUGGCCCUCCACCCACCUAAACACACACACACACACACAUACACACACACACACAUACUGUUAAAUUUACAUACAGCUUUAUACGCACACACGUAUACACACAUAGGUACAGCUUUAUCUGUGUCCUGUAUACACACACACACUGUAGCACAUUUAUACACAGCUCUGUGUGCACACACACAGAUUUACAGAUUUACCUGCACACACACACACACACACUUACACACCUAUACGUACAUAUGCGUAGGUGUACCUGCAUGCACACACACAUAACUGCACACAUGGACACAUUUGUAUGUAUGCACACACAUAUGCAUGUACAAACACACCUACACGGUUGUCUGCCCCAUUAUCAUCAUCUGCCUGCUCGUCUACACACACACACACAAACACACUGAAAGUAUCUGACACACAAGCACAUCCUCACAUACGUCUAUGCACACGGCUCGUUCAGCAUCAAUCUUCAUCCAACUGAACAAGCACCUACACACGACCACGCGCACACACACACUCACACACCUACAUACAAGCGAGCUGCUUCAACAUCACUCUCCGUCCAGCUGAACACACCCACACAACACCCACACACACACCGUAGAGAAAGCUUUUUAUUUUCCUCUGAAUCACCUCCUCCGUGGCCACCAAACACCAAAAUAUCUGUGGAAUGUCCACCAAAAUGAAUAUUAUUCUAUUCUUCAUUAUUAAUCAUGUUACGUAAUAUGGUUGUGUUAACUUAUCUCUUUUCCAAGAAGACAAAAAAAAACAAAUCAAGCUGCAGAGAUGCAAUGAAGGAACCUGAGCUCAGUUACUGUAGCAUCAUAUUUCACGCUCGGCUGGGCCCAGCAGAACUCUGUGUGUGUGUGUGUGUGUGUGUGUGUGUGUGUGUGUGUGUGUGUGUGUGUGUGUGUGUGUGUGAGUGGGAGGCUGGCUUUGACGCUGGCAACCUGUUCCUCACGACUCGAGCUGUUGCGCGGUCUUAUUUUAUUACCGACAGAGUAGAACAGCUCUUACUGAGAGUAGAAACAUUUCUAUUCCAGUGUCUCGAUAUACUGCGCUGUAGAAAAAUGCUCGUGUGUGUGUGUGUGUGUGUUUCAGUAUUCUUUUUAACAUACCUCUAUCGACUUUAGUUUGCAACAUGGACGCGUAACUCCUACUGUAUGUCACACAAGAGGCCACUAGGGAUGGGCGAUAUGACGAAAAAUAUCAUAUCACAAUACUUGAUAAUAUUUCUAAGAGUUGCCGAUAUAUACAUACACCAUAUUGGCAAAAGUUUUGGGACACCUUUCCAAAUCAUUACAUUCAGGGGUUCCAAUCAUGUCCAUGGCCACUGGUGUAUAAAAUCAAGCACCCAGGCAUGCAGACUGCUUCUACAAACAGGCGCUCAGUCAAUUCGAGCGUGACCGGGAUAGGAAUUUCCUCACUACUAAUUAUUCUACAGUCAUCUGUUAGUGGUAUAGCGGACAACAGGAAGUCAGCCACGAAGCAGUAGGCCACGUAAAAUCAAAGAGCACAGACCGCGAGCCAGAUCUUCUCGCCCGACCUCACAAAUGCGCUUCUGGAGGAAUGGUAGGGAAAAAAAUUCCCAUAAACACACCUGUAAACCUUGUGGAAAACCUUCCCAGAAGAGUUGAUAGCUGGAAAAAGCUUCAUAUUAAACCCUACAGAGUAAGAGCAGGAUGUCAUUAAAGGUCCCGUGCAUGUAAAGGCAGACGUCCCAAAACUUUUGGCAAUACGGUGGAAAUAAAUAAACCUAAAUGUUUUUUAUUUUUAAACAAAAAGCGGAUUUAAAUCGAUUAGCCAAAUAAAAUAGUGCUAGAGUUUCCUUCAGUAUUAAGCAUUAAGUUAAAGUUAUCAUUUAAUAAAUCAUUUAAAAAGAAACAUUUUAUUGCUCAGGUCUUCGCUUCUGACCGGCCGGGAAACGGAAAGGAAAUUGCGUCAAAUUGUAAAAAAAAUUUCGAAUCGAGCGUUCGCGUCGUCAACGGAUCAGCUAACAAAUUUUACGCUAGCUCUAACAGAACAAAGAUUUCCCCAAGGAGAAGUUCACUAGGUGAUGUUAAAAACAGUACUGAAACAUGGCAUAUAUAUAUUCAUUUCAUUCUAGCUCUAAAACUUUUGCAUUUAAACUCCUCCUGGAUAUAAAAUAUAUAUAUAUUCAAUAAUUUGAUCGUUUUAAAUCAGAAGAGCUAAAGAUUGCUGUUUACUAUGCAUUAGCAACAUAAACAUAGCACAUCUCCACUUUUGUGUUUAACGGCGCACCUUGAACUGAAAUUGUGUCCUUGCUGCAAAUUUCAUUUUAUUAUCAUUAUUAUUAUUUUGUUAUUUUUUUUAGCGCUAA